GAAUAAUAUCAUGAACUCAUAGUUAAUAGAUACAUACAACAAAAUAAAGUAGUAGUAAAAUAUGGUUUCUAGUUAUAAUCGUGAUAAGCCAUGGGAUACACCCGAUGUGGAUAAGUGGAAGAUUGAUGAGUUCAAACCUGAAGAUAAUGCAUCAGGACUUCAUUUUGCUGAAGAAUCCACAUUUAUGACAUUAUUCCCUAAAUAUAGAGAACAAUAUUUACAAAGUAUAUGGAGUGAAGUAACUAAAGCUUUAGAUAAACAUUAUAUUAAAUGUGAAUUAAAUUUAGUUGAAGGAUCUAUGACAGUUAAAACCACUACUAAAACAUUUGAUCCAGCUAUAAUUUUAAAAGCUAGAGAUUUAAUUAAAUUAUUAGCUAGAUCAGUUCCAUUUCCACAAGCCGUUAAAAUUUUACAAGACGAUGUUGCAUGUGAUGUUAUUAAGAUUGGGAAUUUUGUUGCUAAUAAAGAUCGAUUUAUUAAAAGAAGACAAAGAUUAGUUGGACCUAAUGGGAAUACAUUAAAGGCAAUGGAAUUAUUAACUAAAUGUUAUAUAUUAGUUCAAGGUAAUACUGUUAGUGCUAUGGGACCAUUUAAAGGAUUAAAAGAAGUUCGUAGAAUAGUUGAAGAUUGUAUGAGAAAUGUUCAUCCAAUUUAUUAUAUUAAAGAAUUAAUGAUUAAACAAGAAUUAUCUAAAAAGCCUGAAUUAGCUGAACAAGAUUGGUCGAGAUUUUUACCCAGUUUUAAGAAAAGAAAUAUUGCUCGUAAGAAGAGUAAAACAUCUAAAAGAGAAAAGAAAAUUUAUACUCCAUUCCCACCUGCUCCAACUCCUAGAAAGAUUGAUUUACAAAUUGAGAGUGGUGAAUAUUUCUUAGGUAAGAAAGAAAAGGCAUUAAAACAAUUACAUGAAAAGCGAGAAAAACAAGAAGAAGUUAGUGAAAUAAGAAAGCAAGAAAGACAAAAGGAUUAUGAAGCACCCACGGAAGAAGAGUAUGAAAAUAAGUUAUUAAAGAAAGAGAAGAAAGAGAAGAAGGAUAAGAAGGAUAAGAAGGAUAAGAAAGAGAAGAAGCAUAAGAGUAAAGAGUAAAGAGUAAAGAGUAGAAUAAUAAUACAGUUUAAAGAUUACAGUUACAGUUACAGUUUAAAUAGUACAGUUAAAUCUUAAACGUUUAUUUUCUAGUUGUAUAGUAAUGUCAUGUUAAAUAUUAAGUUUAUAUGUAGGGUUGUAAUUG